AUGGACCCCCUCGCAGAGACUUACAUCGGUACUACUAAGGCAAACCGUAUGCUCCAAGAACGUGCGGAACAGCCUUCCCCGGACGGCGAUGAUCAGGCUAACCGCCCGACCACCCCCAACAGGGAGCCACCCCCCACUUCCCUAUACCAACUGGGCUUCACCGGUCAUCGCAUCAGGUCUAUGCCCGGGACCGAGUCCGAACCAGGUACCCCUACCGCUGCCCGCCACUCGAUCCUGGAAGGUAGUCGACUGGGAUCGUUGGCCCCAUUAGCUGAGGAUACCGAAGGACCCUCGGGCCUGUAUAACGUCGGGGGCAGAGGCCAAGGCCCUACCACUACCCAUGGCAUCGAAUGGCCCAGCUCGGCGAACAAUGUACCCUGGUCUUGCACCGCUGACCUCCCUAUCGGGAGUGACUUCCGCAAUUGGAACGAAGCGAAGAGCAAGUUCUUGCAAGCUAUCUUCACCCUGGUGUCCAUCAGGGACACGUUCUAUGUCGGCAACUCUGGCGACCCCAACUCCUCCCUCGCUGACCCGGCUUGGGCCACCUUCUUUAACGCAAUGUCCGAUGAGGUAGCAGCUGUUCCCAGCGACCUCGACGACGACAAAUCCAUGUACCCAGGGGAAGCCAUGCACAACCUCGCCGACCGUUCACCGCUUGCCAAUGCGGUGGCUGUCAUGGACCUUUCGGAACGCGUCAAAGUUUACGAGGAUGAGGAAAACACCCUCGUCAACUCAGUAAACCGGAACGUACUCAAACUGGAGACUGUCGUCACCAAAUCGUUGUCACACGUUGAUACUCAGCUGAAACUCAUCGAGGCAAAGCUAUCCCGUGUAUCUGCCCAAGCUUCUCGCUCAGGCAAUGGACUUUCCACGACUUCGGGGGCCUUGCGCUUCACCAAAACCACGAUGCCCGCGGACGAAAGGUCACAUGUUGUUGGGGAGAAGCGCAAAGACGCCUUCAGCCUCCCCGACAGAGCCCCUAAACGAGGAAAGGCCGCGGACGGAGCGACCACCGUUCGUACGGCGGAAUCUCUCCCCCCCAUGCCGUCCACAUUUACGAUGCAGGACGUAUCCCGAUGCACCCCGAUUGUGACCACCGUACUCGAAGCAGGAUACGAUAUCAGCUUCGAAGCCGCCAAGAUCCUCGUUGAAAAAUUUGGCGACGUCUCACAACGUCGAGCCAAACUCAUCCAAGCCCAUGGAGGCGCAUCCACAGGACCCAUCAAGGCGUUGGUCUUAACGGCAGCGACCGCUGCAGCAGAACACGCGGGGACGCAGGUCCAAGCCACCCUCGACGGGGGAUUCUACAACCCGGCCACGGCGCGUGCCGCCGAAAAGUCAAACAAUAUCUCGAAGGCGCUGAACCAACGCAAAGAAGCGGCAAGGAGUGCCUCCGCCACUCACACGCAACCCCCGAAUGCACACCGGAAGAUCGUUCGGGUACAAUUCACUAACCAGACGCUACCCGCCGAGGGAACGCGCAGGACGCCCGAAGACAUCCAAGCCUUCGUCGCCACGCAGAUCACCAAGAUAGGGGGUACCCCGAAUCCUGUGAUCUCCAUCACCUACCGAGGAUCGUUCCUCGACCUCCUUUUCACUGCCCGCCCUGAGGAAGCCAUCGUCACCCGCCUUGGCGAGAUGAGUGGCUGGUUCUUGAACCAAGGCUCAGAAGAACUACGCAACGCUACCCCGUGGCCCAUAGUGGACUUCUACAAGCCCAUUGCGUGCAUGAACAUCUUCGGUAUACCAGUCCUGGAUGCCAAGGCGAACGUCAAACUCACCGUCGAGGAGGUCUACGCCACCAUCGUCGCUGAAAACGAAUGGCUACAGGGUCUUAUUUUGGACCCUAUGUCCGCUCCCUGCAUGUCGCUAUACGCCCCGGUGGGGGAUACCUGCACCGUGCAGGUCUCUAUCAUCGACGGCAGCCCCUCGUACGUGGAACGCUGGAUCACCCAGAGGAAACGGGUGUCCUUCAGGGAAAAGAAGUACACUAUCGGACACGCACAUCCGCAAACCUUUGUCCCGCUAUGCCUGAAAUGUCUCAAGUGGGGACACGUCGGAGGAGCAUGCGGUAUGGGAGGAAAGUUCAACUCCCAGGCACUGUGUCACAAGUGCAGCCUCAUGCAUUCUACGGAACAGCACCAGGCCUUUUGCCAGCAUGACGAAUGCAAGAGAACACGGCUCGAGACCCUCAACCCGUGGGUCGAGAACUGCCCCCCUGAACAUGCCAAGCGUCGCAACUGCAAGGCGUGGGGUCACUCUGCCACCUCCACCCUGUGCCCGUGUUGGAAACUACGUACGCAGCCCGAUAAACUCGAAGCCUUCUGGAAGCGAGAAGGUGUCGACGACGCUACCAUUAGAGCCUUAUCUAAGGGCUACAACCCUGAGCGUGAAAUCCGUAUGGAGGCUAAACGCCUGGGAGGUCACACGGGCGAAGGGGACGAUGAUUCUGACCCCAUUAACCAAGGUCAUGAGGCUAAAGCACCAGCGCCCUCUGCUAUCGCGGACUACGAUGACGACAUCAUGCAAACAAUAACAAAUUCGAUUCACGAAUAUAAAACUGGGGGAAUUGAGACACAGAUGGAAGAAAUCCACCGUUUCGCCAUGAAGUACGUUUUCGUCAAAGAAAACAUGGAUAACUACCGUCUACAGCUCACCACAAUGUGGCCGCCGACGUUCUUAUUCUUCGAAGAGUUCGUCCUACCUGUGGAGCAAACGUCCCAGGUUGUGCCGUACGUCCCGAACAUGUACGACGACAAUCUCGCUCGCGGAAACAACGCAAACUGGGUUCCCACCAGGCCUGCGUCCCCUUCCCGUUCUCCGACCAUGCCGGGUCCCCCGGCCCUCGAGUUCGAACUCCCGAUCGUGCAGGACGACAACGACCCCGCAUGGAAAGACGUCCCCACGUAUUCCCCACGGGUUGGCCCCCCUCGACCAUAUCAACCCCGGUGGGGGAAUCGGGCAGGGGAUCAGGGACAGUGGGUAGACCUCGCCCGUCUCGAGUGGCGUUUCGAAGACGCCAUCCACAAACAACAACGAGGGGUUCGCCUUUCAAAGGCCAUGAUCAUCGACCCGGUGGUCAACUCCCCUCCCCCCCAGACCAACAACUCACCGUCCAGGGAGAAAUUUGACAUCCCCCUCCACUACGCAUACCUCCUCAAGGAGGUCGUCAACGGAGCUAUACAGGAGGUGGAGGCUCUAGAGGUGCUCCAGGGAGGAAUGGAUCCUCUUAACAAGGGGAAAGUCCUCGACGACGCCAUCGAGACCAGGCUCCACAUGGUGGGGGCGACGACGGUCACCGCCCGUAGCGAUCUUGCGGACCUCAUUGAGGCCGCAAUGUACGACCGCGCUAUCAAGCGGAAGGACGCGUUCGUCCUUCUCGAAAUGGCCAAGCAGGCCAUUAAAGACAACGGGAAUAGCGGCAACGACCCCUACCCGGUCGUCAGCCUUCCCUUCACAUCCCAUUUGGGGCCGGUCAUCUGCAGCCCUACGGUGGAAUGCGCGGCCGAGAUCACCGAGGCCUUGGGACCCAACGUCCAAUGGCAGUGCGAUGGAUACGCCAAAGACGAGGUUGACCCUGAGUUGUUUGGGGAACACGAUGAUAAUAUGGACGGAGAGUGUGCUUGGUAA